UUUUGAGAGCGUUCAGAUGGCGGAUAACAGCUUUCCAGAUGGCGCGCCUUCAGAGUCUGCGGGGGCUGAAGGGAGGCCGCAGGACGCAGAGGAGCUCGCGGACCAGGUGAUGCAGAACCUUCAGGUGCUGGCGGCUUUGCAGGAGCGACUGGACAGCGUCUCUCACACGCCUUCCAGCUACAUCGAGACGUUACCUAGAGCUGUGAAGAGGAGAAUCAGUGCGCUGAAGCAGCUGCAGGUGAAGUGCGCUCACAUAGAAGCCAAGUUCUACGAAGAGGUCCACGACUUGGAAAGAAAGUACGCGGCCUUGUACCAGCCUCUCUUUGACAAGAGAAGGGAGUUCAUCACGGGGGCCGCGGAGCCCACAGACGCCGAGUCAGAGUGGCAUAGUGAGACCGAGGAGGACAAGUUGGCCGGAGAAAUGAAGGACAAAGCUGUCUUGGCAGAGCAAGAAGCAGCACCAGCAGAAGAGCCCAGCCCCCGCGGGAUCCCGGAGUUCUGGUUCACCAUCUUCAGAAACGUGGAUAUGCUCAGUGAGCUGGUCCAGGAAUGCGAUGAGCCCAUCUUGAAGCACCUGCAAGAUAUUAAAGUGAGGUUUUCAGACCCUGGGCAGCCUAUGUCUUUUGUAUUAGAGUUCCACUUUGAGCCCAACGACUACUUUUCCAAUUCAGUCCUGACGAAAACCUACAAGAUGAAGUCCGAGCCAGAUAAGGCUGACCCCUUUUCCUUUGAAGGUCCUGAGAUAGUCGACUGUGACGGGUGUACUAUUGACUGGAAGAGAGGGAAAAACGUCACCGUGAAAACAAUCAAGAAGAAGCAGAAACACAAGGGCCGAGGCACCGUUAGGACAAUCACCAAGCAAGUGCCGAACGAUUCCUUUUUCAACUUUUUCAGCCCGCUGAAAGCUUCUGGGGACGGCGAGUCACUGGAUGAAGACUCUGAGUUCUCGCUGGCUUCUGACUUUGAGAUCGGACACUUCUUCCGGGAGCGCAUCGUCCCCCGGGCGGUGCUGUAUUUCACGGGGGAGGCCAUCGAGGAGGAUGACUUCGAAGAAGGCGAGGAGGGAGAAGAGGAGGACUUGGAAGGUGAGGAAGAGGGAGAAGAUGAGGACGAGGUGGAAGUGAGCCCCAAGGUGUGAUUUUUGUCUGUUAAUCAUUCAUGCGUUCCUAGCAGGAGCCCAGCCAGCCGUCGGAGUGCAAGCAGCAGUGAGCCACCCGCCUGCCCACAGCCCGCCCGACGCCCUCCCGCAAGCUCCAGACCCUGCGGCUCCCCGGCCGGUCCGCGUGCGUGUCUUCGCUGUUGUUCUCCUACGUCUGUUUAACCUGCACAGUGGGGCUUAGGCGAGACCCAGAAGUGGGAGCUCUGACUCGGCCUGGGGGCCGUCACUCCCGGCUGCGUGGGUGUCCUUUCUCCUUGGAGCUGUGUGGCUCCAUCCAUAUUUAUUUAUUUUGUGCUUUGAGGGCUUGGGACGCGGGCGCAGUUGCCUAGACUUGAGAAACCACGUUUGACCAGAGAGCGGGGUCUGGGAGGGGGUCGGGCUUCCUGCCCCCAGCUGCCGGGCAGAAGCCCCCUUUCCUGAUGGGGUGGGGGACAGGGUAUGCCUGUCUCCGCCAGCGGGGGGGCCGUGUUCACUCACAGGCCCGUGGAGCUUGGCCUCACUCUUCGUUUGUCACUGAACACGGUGUUUUCAGUUUGUACAGAGUAGUUACGAUAUUCUAUUAAAGUUGUGAAAUAG